AUGACUGCCAAAAUCGAAGCAUUGGAAGGCGACGAAAUUCCCCCGGCGCCCGUCUCAUUCUUCGAUUCAUCUUUGAAGGAGACGCGACAGCGGGUAUUCUACCAAUGGGCGCGCACCCUAUUCAUCCUCUGCCUCUUCAUCUUUGUCGUUCUUUCUCUCUUCUGGGGCUCCCAAUACAGCACUGAAGCCAAAUACCCAGCACUGAAUGUCUUUGUCGUUGACUUUGAUGGCCAAGUCGAUCCCUAUCGCACCAAUGACACCAUCGUCGGCCCUGCAGUGACAUAUGUCACCAAGAAAAUCCUGGCCUCCGACAAUCGUCACCUUGGAUACACGAUCAAAUCGCCCGCCGACUUCAACAAUGAUCCCUGGGCCGUCCGUCAAGCCGUCUACGACGAGGACGCCUUUGCCGCCGUAAUCGUCAACCCAAACGCGACGACCCUGCUCCGUGCCGCUGUCUCCAACGGCAACACCAGCUACGAUCCCUUCGGUGCAAUUGAAACAAUCAUCAUCUCUGGCCGCGACCAAAUCACCUACUACAUGUACAUCGACCCGGACUUGUCAAUCCUACAGGGUAUGGUUACAGCGGAGUUCGGCCCACGGUGGGUCCAGCACCUAAUCUCACAGUCGACGACCAAUCUAUCAACCGUCCCCCCGCAAGUGAUCAACCCGGGAAUUGGCUUUACGAACGUCGAUCUCCGCCCCUUCACGCCGGCCGUUUCCGAGCCUGCCGUGACGAUCGGCUUGAUCUACCUGAUCAUCAUUGCAUUCUUCAAUUUCCCGUUCUUGAUGCCGAUCCAUGCGCAGUUCAUGAAGCCGGGCAGUCAUCCCCCGCUGAAGGUGGCGCACUGGAUCGUCUGGCGUAUAGCAUCGGCUCUUGUGACGUACUUCUUCCUCUCGCUGUCCUACUCGCUUGUGUCUCUGGCUUUCCGGAUUCCGUUUAGUAACUCGCCAGUCCCGGAUACGCUAUCUGCGAAUAAUCCGAAUACAUACGGUCGUGGCUCAUUUGUUGUCUUUUGGAUGUUGAAUUGGGUGGGUAUGGCGGCGUUGGGACUGCCGUGCGAGAAUAUGGCCAUGGUCUUAGGCUUCCCGUGGAGUUCGCUCUUCCUUAUCUUUUGGGUUAUUACCAAUGUUGCUACUGCGUUCUAUCCUAUUGAGUUGGCAUCUGCGUUUUAUCGCUGGGGUUUGGCUUGGCCUUUGCAUCGCAUUGUUGAGGCGUUGCACGCCCAUGCUCGGGUGUGA